AUGCCUGCUAUUCCAUACGACUAUCCUUCGAUAGUCUCACAUGGUACUCCUAGAAAGCAGAAAAGUCAGGCAAAGAGCUCACGAGCGACGCAAAACUUCAAAAUUGCUCAUCAAAAAGUUCAGCUUGAUGUUGACCUCGCCACUCAGACAGUCAAUGGAGAGACGGAACUGACCAUAUUUGCUACUGAUCCUUCGUUAAACAAGGUUCGUCUAGACGCAAGAUGUAUGCAAAUACAGGAGGUAUUUGUGAACUCAACGAAGGCCGACUUUAUCAUGGAGGAUUUUUCCCGAAACGAUGAAUUUCAAAAUGAUCCAAACAACGAAACAUUGCAACGAAUUCAUCGUUAUCAAAAAAGUUACGACACCAAUUCUGAAAGUAUUGACAUCUACCAGCAUCAUUUCUAUCGUAGCAAAUUUAACCCGUUGUAUUUAGAUUUGAACGAUCACGAAAGUCCUGAAUCUGUGGAAACUCUAAACACUGAAAACCUGACCGUGUAUUUACCUGAAAACUUGCGAUUACGUCCGCAUGAUUUAAGCAAUACCUACUCACCGGUUUCAAAUUACAAUUCGCCAUUGACGACGAACUCUGCUUUAAUGAAUUCUGAUCGACUGUAUACCCCUUUCGUUUUAAAGAUAAAAUAUUCAUUGAGAGUACCUAAGAACGGAAUAAUAUUCAAUGGAGGCGUUCACACUACAAUAGAGAAAACGCAAUGGUUUUGUCACACUAUAAAUAAUGACAUCGGUUGUAGUGCAAGCUCUUGGAUGCCUUGCAUUGAUAACUUUUACGAAAAAUACACUUGGGAACUUCAAUUGAUUGUCCCCAAGACAGUCGGUGAUAUAGGUCAAACUAAGCCUAUUGGUGAAAAGUUUUCAAAGCAACCUAAUGAUAAUGAUGAUGACGAUGAUGACAUGAUUGACUCCUACCAAGAAACGGAUGAAGAAAUGACAAGAGAAAUAAAGGUGGUACUUCCAGACUUUGAAAGUGUUAAGGAAAGUCCACAUAUACUUGACCACUCUAAGAAAGUUGUCAGCGUCCAGCUUUAUAACAAUCCAGUAGCUGCACAUCACAUAGGAUUUUUUAUUGGGCCUUUUGAACAGCUCCCAGCUUCCACAUUUAAGUUUCUAGAUCAAUCUCAGCCAAGGAUAUUGGACGGAGAAGAAAACAAUCAUAGUGAUUUUACGAGCAAUGUUGCGGCCAGAGUCUACUUUUUACCCUCACAGAAAGAAAUGGUGUUAAACACUUGCCUGGCGCUUUAUAAAAAUUUAGACUUUUAUUCCAAAGAGUUUGGAUCUUAUCCCUUCAGCACCUACUCCAUGGUAUUUGUGGAUAAUCUUCCAACGCAAUAUAGCAGCUUUGCCGGAGUUUCAGUUAUAAGCUCUGAAGUCUUAUAUGAGUCUAGCCUUGUGGAACCUUUAUUCCCAGUCACUGAGCUACUGUCUUUAAUAGUUGCAGAACAAUGGUCCGGAAUUAACAUUGUUCCCAAGAGCUUAAAUGAUUACUGGUGUGUUAUUGGUAUAGCUCAUUUUAUGGCGGGCCAAUUUUUGAAGAAACUGUUCGGCUUUAACAAUUAUAAAUUUGUUAUAAAGCAAAGAUCCGAUCGCAUUUGUCGAGAAGAUAUAGGGAAAGCUCCUUUAGCAAAUCAACAUUUUCGAUUUCCUGUCAAUGAUGCUACAGACUUCAAAUUCAUAAGGCUAAAGGCUCCAUUAGUCUUGUUCAUUUUAGAUAGAAGGAUGACUAAAACGGACAGAUCUUUUGGUCUCUCACGAGUAAUUCCAAAAAUAUUUCUUCAAGCUAUGUCUCAUGACCUAUAUAAUGGAAACUGUCUGUCAACAAGUCACUUUCAACAUGUCUGUGAGAAGGUUGCGCACCACAAGUUAGAUCCUUUCUUCAACAACUGGGUCCAUAAUUCUGGAACCCCAGUACUUAGAGUGACCCAGAGAUUCAAUAAAAAACGGAUGUUUAUUGAGAUGGGUAUCAGGCAGGUCCAAGGCUAUGAAUUAGCUAGGUCAGACGCUUCUAAGUCUCGUAAAAAGGAUCCGGUAUCAUUUUUGAACGAGGCGUGUCAGCACGUCAACCAAACUGGUCCUGGGAUCACCUCACAGAUUUUCACAGGUCCAAUGACAAUACGGAUUCAUGAAGCAGAUGGAACCCCUUACGAACAUAUAGUAGAUCUAAAGGAAGGUUUUACUAAACUGGACAUUCAAUACAACACCAAAUAUAAGAGAAUCAAAAAGAACAAGAAAGAUGAAGAAUUAACGAAGAAGGAUGAUUCCGAAAAUACGGUGAAUAGACUGGGUGACAUACUUUCACGCUCAAAAGACAUGCAAGAAUGGCAUUUAGAAGAUCUUAGUGCUGAAGGUGAAGAAGCAAGAACACAAGACGCAUUUGAGUGGAUUAGAAUUGAUGCAGAUUUUGAAUGGAUUUGUCAGAUACAUCUCAACCAACCUGAUUAUAUGUAUCAGUCCCAGUUACAACAGGAUAGAGAUGUUGAGGCUCAGCUUGAUAGUGUCAAUUUUUUUUCAAACUCUCUUAGACCAAAUGUAUUUUAUUCCAGUGUUUUGGUGAGAACCCUGAUGGAUAGUAGAUAUUUUUAUGGAGUUAGAUGUGAAGCUGCAAAAGGAUUGGCCCGACUUUCCAAAGAAGAAAACAACCAUAUUGGACUACACCAUUUAUUAAAAGCAUUGAAGCAAUUGUUCUGUUAUCCAAUGCAUGACUCUCAUGAAGACGCAACUACGUUAAUAAAUAAUCCGAAGAACUUUUUACCCCUUCCCAAUGAUUUUUCUGAUUUUCAACGGAUGUUCAUUCAGGAGACAAUACCUGCGGCUCUUUCCACAAUAAAAAUUAAAGAUUCGGACCUAUUUUUGAAUUUGAGAAGGAUCCUGCUCAGAUUAUUACAGUACAACGAUAAUUUAAGCAAUGAUUUUAAUGAUUGUUUCUACAUCUGCAGCUUGAUUCGGGCCUUGUCAAACACUGUAGUUGAAGCGGGAAUGGUUCUACAAGACCAUAAUGAAGGUAUAUCUUAUUAUGACGAAGCUACCUCUGAAGAUGGCACAUUGGAUGAUCGCAUGAAUAAUAUCAACCGAGAAACGAUCAUCGAGUUUAACAGAAGGUUACAGCUUGACCAAUGGGAUGUUUCUUAUCACACUUGUAUCAGUGAUACAAUUCUGAACGAAAAGGUUCGUUUGGGGAGUGAAGGACUCAUAAAAUUUCGCUUUCCGGAACUAUUGCAAGUUACUCAAAAGAAAUAUUCGAUAUACGUUAGAUUGGCCGGAUUCAGAGGGCUUCUAUUGUUAGGCGGAUUAAAGAACAAGUCUGUGCUACAUUAUUUUUUUAGUACCGCAAAACUUGAGUCAUCAGCAUUGUUUAAGAGGGGGUUAAUAGACCAUUUUCUAGAAGCAGUGGGUGUAGCCGCUUUAUUUGGCACACCUUCCACUUUAGAUGAUCCAGAGUUUGAUAGAUUCGAGGAAGAACUGGAACAAUUGCGACUUAGCAAGAUCAAGGACGGAAAGCCAUCUUCUGGGCUAGAAAAUUCUAAGGAAUUAUUGAAUGCAAGCAAUUUCGUUGUUGAAGAAGGAUUUUCAAAUAAAUCUCGAAGAGACACCUAUAUCAGGACUACCAUGAAGGGGGCCAUUCAAAUUUUAAAAAGGGACUAUGCAAUUGGUGAGGGUCUCACGAAGGAACUAUGGAGUGCAGUGCAUUCUUGUUUACUGAGUAUUAACUUGAAAAGAGACAUAUUUGAUCUGAUUGAUCUCAUGUAUGAUGCUUACGACUCCUACCUUGUGAAGAUAGAUUCUGUUUCGGACAAGAAAGUGGUUACUAGAGUUGAAACGGUAGGUGACAACACGGCGAUAGUAAAACUUUAUGCAAAACCACGCCCGAAGCCUUCAAUCGUGGACUCUACUAGCCAAAAAAUCGAAGAGAAACCUAAAAUAAAGUUAGGGUUCAAAAAGUCCACAGAGAAAAGCUCGGGUCUCUCUUUGAAAAUUAAACCAAAAAAUGUUGAGGUGCCGGAAAAGGUUAGGCCAUCCAAAGUCAAAAAGGAAAUUGAACCACCAAAAGAAAAUGGACCUUCUGAGAAAAAAAUACCGCCUCCUAGCUCACUUGUUGAUGAUGUCACUGCUCCAACACCCAAAGUUGAAGACAUCUCUAAUCACAGAUCCAAGAAGCAGCUUCUAGUUAAGUUUGGUUACAAAACUGCUAACUCCAGACGAUUUGUCAGAAUCUUGCUCCGGGAGAAAAGGCUGGAAUUUUCUUCCAUUCCUUUCAACCCAAAGCGAUAUGAUGUAAAAUUGAAGUACAAUAGAGAGCUACUUGAAGAAAGGACUAGGGCAAGAGUUGAUGAGGAUCAAAAUUCUUCCUCGAACUCCUAUUCAAUGUCAAUUGAUGGUAAAGCAACAAAUUCAGGCCCCGUCGAUAGCCUCAACGACGAUUCCAUACCUACAGAUGGAGUCGCAGAACUCAAACCAGAAGUUGAACAGAGAAAGAAAAGAGUUGCAAAGUCCACCCCAAAAGCUCGUCAAUCUAGAACCAUUGAAUCCGACCAGGAUGCAUUGAUUUCUCGAUCCCAUAAAAGACAAAAAUUCAAUCCCACUAUCAAUAAACCCAAGUCCGAAGAAGAAAUAGGGGAAAACCAAACACCUGAAGCUGGUACACAACCAACUCCCAAAACGAAGCCAAAGGCCAAAACUAAAAUUAAACUAAAACUCAAAUUUUAA